GUACGGACAAAUGGCUCCGCUCAGCAAUGGCAAACCAAAGAUAAGAAAACAAUCCACCACUCGCUCCCUCCACUUCUUUUCUUCUACUCUCUCUCAGAAAAACUGAACGGGGGAAUGGUGCUGUCUUCCUGUUUACCCGCGAAUCGGACCUAUGCUCCGUCCUUCUCAACUACUCGGCGCUCUUCCUCUCUCAACUUUCUGCUCCCAAUUCUCUCUGCUCCCCCUUCCCUAAGGCCUUCAAGGCGACGGGAUAAACUUCUCUUGAGAAUCAAUGCGAGUGCAUCAACUUCCGACUCCGGAAAUGGAACCGCCGUCGCUCUUCCGGACAAGCCUCCCGCCCAUACAUUGUCUUACGGAAGGCGGCACUUCCCUUUAGCUGCCGUUGUCGGACAGGAUGUCAUUAAAACUGCUCUUCUACUGGGGGCCAUUGACCGUGAGAUUGGAGGAAUUGCAAUUUCUGGAAGACGUGGGACGGCAAAAACUGUGAUGGCUCGUGGUUUGAAUGCAAUUCUUCCUCCAAUUGAAAUAGUUAAAGGCUCAUUUGCGAAUGCCGAUCCUAACUGUCAUGAAGAGUGGGAAGAUGGACUUGCUGGUAGAGUGGAGUAUGAUUCUGCUGGAAAUAUCAAGACUGAGAUAGUUAAAUCACCAUUUAUUCAGAUUCCGCUCGGUGUUACAGAAGAUAGAUUGAUUGGAUCUGUUGAUGUCGAGGAGUCUGUGAAAUCUGGAACAACUGUUUUUCAACCUGGCCUUCUUGCUGAAGCUCAUCGAGGUGUUUUAUAUGUUGAUGAGAUCAAUCUACUGGAUGAAGGCAUUGGCAAUUUACUUCUGAAUGUGUUGACGGAGGGAGUUAACAUUGUAGAAAGAGAAGGUAUUAGCUUUCGACAUCCGUGCAAACCAUUGCUAAUAGCUACAUAUAACCCUGAGGAGGGUGCUGUCCGUGAGCAUUUAUUAGAUCGCAUUGCAAUUAAUUUGAGUGCAGAUCUUCCUAUGAGUUUUGAAAAUCGUGUUGCAGCAGUAGGCAUUGCGACACAGUUUCAAGAGCAUAGUGAUGAAGUUCUUAAAAUGGUGGACGAAGACACAGAUUUUGCAAAGACACAGAUAAUAUUAGCCAGGGAGUAUCUAAAGGAUGUUACAAUUGGCCGAGAACAGCUAAAGUACUUGGUUAUGGAAGCUUUACGUGGUGGUUGCCAGGGGCAUAGAGCUGAACUUUAUGCUGCUCGUGUAGCUAAAUGCUUAGCUGCCCUUGAGGGACGUGACAAAGUUAAUGUUGAUGACCUGAAGAAAGCUGUAGAACUGGUCAUAAUUCCACGCACAAUUAUUAGUGAAAACCCACCUGAGCAGCAGAACCAACAAUCGCCUCCACCACCACCUCCUCCUCCACAAAACCAAGAUUCUUCUGAAGAGAAGAAUGAAGAGGAAGAAGAUCAAGAGGAAAACAAAGAUGAGGAAAAUGAGCAACAACAAGAACAAAUACCUGAAGAGUUCAUCUUUGAUGCAGAAGGUGGUUUGGUGGAUGAGAAGCUUCUGUUCUUUGCACAACAGGCACAGAGGCGUAAAGGAAAAGCUGGCCGUGCAAAGAAUGUUAUUUUCUCUGAAGAUAGAGGACGAUAUAUUAAGCCAAUGCUUCCUAAGGGUCCCGUUAAAAGAUUAGCUGUUGAUGCAACUCUAAGAGCAGCUGCACCAUAUCAGAAGCUACGUAGAGAGAAGGACCUUCAAAAAAGUAGAAAAGUUUUUGUGGAGAAAACUGACAUGAGAGCCAAAAGAAUGGCACGCAAAGCAGGAGCCUUGGUGAUAUUUGUCGUAGAUGCAAGCGGAAGUAUGGCGUUGAACAGGAUGCAGAAUGCAAAGGGAGCAGCAUUAAAACUACUCGCUGAAAGUUAUACAAGUAGAGAUCAGGUUUGCAUCAUUCCAUUCAGAGGAGAUGCUGCCGAAGUUCUAUUGCCUCCUUCAAGGUCAAUCUCAAUGGCAAGAAAGCGUCUUGAGAGACUUCCGUGUGGUGGGGGUUCUCCUCUUGCUCAUGGACUCACCACGGCAGUUAGAGUUGGGAUGAAUGCAGAGAAGAGUGGUGACGUUGGACGCAUAAUGAUUGUUGCAAUCACUGACGGUAGAGCUAACAUAUCCCUAAAAAGAUCUACCGAUCCAACCUCUUCUGGUGCACCCAGACCCUCUGCUCAAGAACUGAAGGAUGAGAUUCUUGAGGUGGCUGGCAAAAUAUACAAAGCUGGGAUGUCCCUCCUCGUUAUUGACACAGAGAACAAAUUUGUGUCCACUGGCUUUGCUAAAGAAAUUGCCAAAGUUUCUCAAGGGAAGUAUUAUUAUUUGCCAAAUGCUUCAGAUGCGGUUAUCUCUGCCACAACAAAGGAGGCAUUGUCUGUUCUAAAGAGCUCCUCCUAGUCGUGUUACUCAAUCUUCACUCGGAAGUGACAACUUUGGUUGAGUAUCAAUGUCAAGGACGUGAAAACUUUGCCCGUGUUUCAUUCCUUGUAGAAACCAUAAAAUUUCAAUUCAAUGUGAACAAAAAAAAUGAAAAAAAAGCUUUAGUGAAUUGUUGUAUACCAUUAAUUGUUGUAUAUAUCAGUUCAACUUAUUUAGAGAAUAAUUUAAAAAAGCUUCUAAUUAUUA